AUGGACGUUGGAAAGCGCCUUCGACAGGAACACAAACCAACCAUGAAGCUUCUAGCUCGUCACCCCAACUUCACGUUGCAGCGUGCUCGCCGGUUGAUCGAGAGUUUUCCCGACGAAAUUCUCAUCGCCAUCUUUGUUCCGUCCGGCUCACAGGCGGACAGCUCAGCCUUGAUCCUCUCGUAA